AUGAGAUUGAGGAUGGAGUUGUUAACGUUGGAAAAGUUUAUACCCUUGUUGGAACCUUUUGCCAACAAAGAGCACCUUUCACCAGCCGAGUCGAUACAAUUGACUUUGUUGAUCACGGAGAUUUUGGUUGACAACCACAUCGACUUCAAGUUGUUGAAGUUUUUGAGUCGGUAUUUCACCCAACAAUCGUUUGAUGAUGUUAUCGAGGAACGCAAUAUCGAACACCAAUGCGGUUAUGUUUUGUGUAACAACCAGCCCAAGCUGUUGGUGAGAAGGUUGAGCUUGAACAGCAACGGCACAACAACAGCGCAGCUCUCAGAUUUUGGAGCUUCAACAAGAUACCAAAUCUAUAAUAGAAAGCCAUCGAUUAUACUACCCAACACUUAUUUAAGCCAAUUCUGCUGCAAGGAACACUACCAAGCGAGCACGUUUUACCGAAAUCAAUUGUCAAACGAAGCCCUAUUUACAAGAAAAAACAUCACGGUGAUACCCCCGUUUGAAGGCGGCAGAAUGUAUUUUGAAAACUCGAUAACCUUGCUCGAGGAAGUCUUGGCGAAGCACAAGGAGUUGAAAGAACAGGGCAGGACCAUGGCCGAGGUUAUAGCCAUGAUGAAUGGUUUGAGCAUUGAUGGAAAUGAAAUGAAUGACGAAACAAACAAAUUGAUCAAGAUUAUUGAAGAUUUUGAAAUUGUCGAAAAGGAACCUGAACUGCAAUCACAACCGGUAAUGUUCAGGAAUAGUAAUAAUAACAAUCGAUUGUUUGAAGUGGGUGAUGAGGCAACGAGUGAGGAAGACCAUAGUAAUGGUGAUGAUUUAGCACAUCGGCGUAUCGAAGGUUACGCUUCAAAGAGUUUAGGAAGUCAUGUGGUGUAG